AUGCUCAGUGGCGGAGCAGGUCUGGCCCAGGACACUGCGCUCGGCUGCUUUUGAGAAGGGUGCGCUACGGUUUGAGCAGGGCGCCGCCCGCCCCCUGCAGCUUGUGCUGCUACCAGCUGGCCACCGGAGGGGGCGAACAAACCCCAACCUGUUGUUUGUCCCGUCACCAUUUAUCAACUCGGCACCACAAGGAAGUGAGGCACCCGUGGCUCUCUUAAAGUUCAGCAUGCAGGAAGUUUGGGGAAAGCUCAGCAAUUAGCACAGCUGCCAGGCCAGCGCUGGGUGAGCGCAGGCAGCGAGAGUGCAGGCGACGCGGCGUCAGUCCCGGAGUAGAAACCGGGUUCUUUUCUUGGAGCGACACUGUUCCUAGGUCUCUAAUCCCAAAUGCACCGGCUCGUCUUCGUCUACACGCUAAUCUGCGCAAACUUCUGCAGCUGUCGGGACACCUCCGCGAUUCCGCAGAGCGCAUCCAUCAGAGCUUUUCGCAAUGCCAAUCACAGGCGAGAUGAGAGCAAUCACCUCACAGACUUGUACCGGAAAGAGGAAACCAUCCAGGUGACGGGAAACGGACACCUGCAGAGUCCCCGCUUCCCUAACAGUUACCCCAGGAAUCUGCUUCUGACAUGGUGGCUCCAUUCCCAAGAAAAAACAAGGAUACAGCUAGCAUUUGACCAUCAGUUUGGAUUAGAAGAAGCAGAGAAUGAUAUCUGUAGGUAUGAUUUUGUGGAAGUUGAAGAUGUAUCUGAAACAAGCGCCAUUAUUAGAGGAAGAUGGUGUGGACACAAGGAAGUUCCUCCCAGGAUAACAUCAAGAACAAACCAAAUCAAAAUAACAUUCAAGUCUGAUGACUACUUUGUGGCUAAACCUGGCUUCAAGAUAUAUUAUUCUUUGCUGGAAGAUUUCCAACCUGCAGCAGCCUCUAAAACCAACUGGGAAUCAGUCACAAGUUCUGCCUCAGGGGUAUCCUAUCACUCUCCAUCAGUAACGGAUCCUGCUCUUGCUGCUGAUGCUAUGGAUAAAACAGUUGCAGAAUUUGAUACCGUGGAAGAUCUGCUCAAGCACUUCAAUCCAGAAUCAUGGCAAGAGGAUCUUGAGAAUCUGUAUUUGGACACCGCUCAUUAUAGAGGCAGGUCAUAUCAUGACCGGAAGUCAAAAGUUGACCUGGACAGGCUCAAUGAUGAUGUCAAGCGUUACAGUUGCACCCCUAGGAAUUACUCAGUCAACCUAAGAGAGGAGCUGAAGCUGACCAAUGCAGUCUUCUUUCCGCGCUGCCUUCUGGUGCAGCGCUGUGGAGGAAAUUGUGGUUGUGGAAUUGCCAACGGCAAGUCCUGCACAUGCAGCUCAGGGAAAACCGUGAAAAAGUACCAUGAGGUAUUAAAAUUUGAGCCUGGCCGUUCCAAAAAGAGGGGCAAAGCUAAGAACAUGGCUCUUGUUGAUAUCCAGCUGGAUCACCAUGAACAAUGCAAUUGUAUAUGUGGUUCAAGACCACCUCGAUAAAACAAGACUGACCCCAGAAGUGGGAAGUGAUUCAUCAGCCUCAGAAGCCAGACAUAUGAGAAAACACCAAAAUCAAGAUAUCGCAGGGCUACUCUGUCCUGCCUUGAAAAUCAAAUGGAAAACUGAUUUCUCCCAUGAUUCCAGGACUGUACUGACACCACCAGUUUGUCUGAAGGGUAUGUGGCAGGGCUGGUUAAGGUGAGUGGUAUCAAAUGAAUCCACCUGGAUCUCUAACCACAAUUGUUUGAGAUCCAAGUUUUCAACUAUCCUUAGGUAGCUUAUCUCUUCUCAGUUAAGCUUCUUGUAAUGUACAUUCUAAAACUUCCCUAAAAGUACCCAGUGUUCCUCCUCAGAGACUGAGUGACAAAAUUAAACAUUCUAUUGUUCAGUCCCCUAGAUCCUAGAACAUGAUCAGAAAUAGCAGAGGUAGACACUAGUAAUCUGGAACCACUCUUCUCCUUCAUGACAACUUGCAAGUUUCCUAUGAAAACAUUGACUUCCUGCACCAAAACCAAACUGUGUGUUAUAUCACUCACUCUAGCUUUUGCAACUUAUAUUGUACCUGUAAGUUUGAAAAAUUAUAGAGUGUUUUACCCAGCUUUCAAUAGACCUUCCAAGCUCCAAUAACCAGUAUGCUUUUCAGUUAAAGCCAUAUCUGUAGUUUGUAUUUAUUAGCUGAAAUGUAAGCAGACAUAUUCACUUACUUUUCAUUUUCUUCCCUGAAUGUUUUAUUAAAACUUCUCUCCUGGUUAUCAAAUAUCUAUCUUACUUCCAGCAUUAGUCAAUAAAUCAGUUUCAUUGCCAUCAAAGGAAUAAAAAUCUUACUGUACAAAUUACAUUUCAAAACAAAUCCUAAUAAAUCCACAUUUCUGUAUGGUUCACUCACCUGGAAUAAUGCCUUUCAUUUAAUAUGUUCUCAUAGGGCGAAACACUUUCAUAAGUAGAGUUUUUAUGUGUUUUUGUCAUAUUGGUAGCAUGCAGUCUUU